CAUUCAAGCUCGAUUAUCGAGGCCUACUCAAGUAUAUAAACCACACCCUUCCACAACCAAAAUCACCACCCAUUAAGUUUCUUCAACAAUCUCUUCUUCUUCUUCAUCAACUGCUGUCCUCUUUUUUCUUUUUCCUUUUUUCAAGGAAACAUGAGCAGGCCAGGAGAUUGGAAUUGCCGGUCAUGCCAGCACCUCAACUUCCAGAGAAGAGACUCGUGUCAACGUUGUCAAGAGCCAAGAACUGGAGAGAGGGCUGACUAUGGAAGUUUUGGCGGGAGGGGUGGCGGUUCAUCAUUCGGCUUUGCUGGCCCUGACGUAAGGCCCGGUGAUUGGUACUGUGCAGUUGGGAACUGUGGAACCCAUAACUUUGCUAGCCGCUCGAUCUGCUUCAAGUGUGGUGCGUGCAAGGAUGAUGUAUCCGGUGGUGGCGGUGGCUUCGACAGUGACAUGCCUCGUGGUAGAGGUUUUGGGUUUGGCAGUAGUGGCAGUGGUAGUGGCAAUCGCUCUGCAUGGAAAUCCGGUGAUUGGAUUUGCACUAGAUGCAACGAGCACAACUUUGCUAACAGGAUGGAGUGUUUUACAUGCAAUGCACCAAGGGAGUCUGGUACCAAGUCCUCCUACUCAUCAUAGAUUCCCCAUUUUUGGCCAAGGUACUGCAGUCUUGAGAAGAGAAUCAAGGAAGGUCAUCCCUUAUGAUAUCCCAAGUUGAUCUUUUUGCCCACAGCCUUUUUUUAUUUUUUUUAUUUCUCUUUUCUCCAAGGGAGCCUGUGAUGAAUUAUGGUUGAAAACUCAUGUUCCAGUAGGUCUGAAUCUUUAAUUUGGUGAACUUUUUCAAUUUCAAAUAUAGCCAUGUAGUUCUUUUGGUUUUAAUAUAAUAUGAUCAGUGUGUGUUUUGGUGCAAAA